AUGAGUUCACAAGAAAUUUUUAAAAAAUAUGAACAAAAAGUAGUUGAAUAUCAAGAUCAUAUCGAAGAAUUAAAAUCAACCAAAAAUGAUUACAAACAAUUAAUUGAUACACUACAACAUUUACCAGAUACAUUACAACCAAAAAUUAUGGUUCCGAUGGGUAAAUUGGCAUUUUUUGAAGGUAAUCUAAAAAAUACAAAUGAAAUUUUAAUUUUAUUAGGCGAUAAUUAUUUCGCAAAAAGAUCUUCAAAACAAACCAUUGAUAUUAUUCAAAGGAGAGAUAAAGAUAUUGAUACAAGUAUAAAUGAUUUAAGAGAACAAAUUAAAGGACUUAAACAAAGGGUUUCAAUGACAACAGAUUUAUCAAAAGCAUUACAUGAGAAAGAAUAUGAUAAUAUAGUAGAGAUCAAAGAAGAAUAUAACUCUGAUGAAGAGAGAGAAAAAGAAAAGAAAAGAAAACAAAAACCACAAAAAUCAACCACAACAACUACAACCACCACUACAUCAAAAGAUAAACCAAAAACUGAAGAAGAGAAAAAGAAAUCAAAAGAAAUGGAUGAAGAAUUUGAUAAAAUGUUAAAGAGAUUAUCAAUUUUAGAAGAAAAGGAAAAUAAAAUGGGUGAUGAUUAUGAUGAAGAAGAAUUUAAUAAGAAAUUUAAUAAGAAAUUAGAUAUUACAGGUAGUGAUGAAGAAUAUGAUGAUGAUAAUUAUAAUAAUAACAAUGAUGAUGAUGAUGAUAAUGAUGAAGAUGAUGAUCGUGAAUAUUAUCAAGAAGAAGGAUUUGAAGAUGAAAAACCUGAAAAUUCAAAUUAUAAUAAAAAUAUUGAAGAGGAUGAUCAUGAUGAUGAUGAUGAUUAUUAUGAUGAAGGUGAAGAAAUUGUUGAAUAUUAUGAUGAAAAUGGUAAUAUAGUUGAUAUAAAUGAUCCAAAUGUUGAAUAUAUUCAAGGUGAUGAUGAUAAUGAUGAUAAUGAUAAUGAAGAAGAUGAAGUGGAUGUAGAAUUAAAUGAAAGUGAAUUAGAAGAAAUUAAAGAUUUCCAUAUGGAUAAAAAAGGGCAAGAUCUUAGUGAAAAAGAAGUAAAAGAAUUAACAGAUUUUUAUCAUUCAAAACAAAAGAAAAGAAUAUCUUAUAUUGAUACACCACAACCUCCAACUCCUGAAGCAACAACUUCCAUUACUCCAAAAUCAAUCUUAAAAACAAAUUCAUCUGGUAAUUUAAUGUCAACAAUUCCAAAAUCUUAUAAUGAAAAUGACGAAAAUGAUAUAAGAAGAUAUAUUAAAAAUUUAGACAAACAAGAAAAAUUUGAAAAUCAAAAAACUAUUUCAGUUCCAAAUCCUCCUAAAGAUGUGGCAUUCUCUGGUGAUAUUGUUGAGAAGGAAACUGAUUUAUUCCCAUUUGAUGAAAUUCCAAAACCAACACCUCCAUCAAAUGCAAAACAAUCAAGAUUUAAAUCAUCAAGACAAAAUAAAUAA